AUGCUUUGCUGGUCAACAGAACUCACAUACCCGCUAAUUGAACCAAUCCAUACCUCAGAGCAUCAUCCUGAGGAUAAUGAGAUGCACCUGCGGGGCAUUGCCGAGGCUGGGUUGCCCGCAUCGCAUUCAGUGCGGGCUGCAUCUCCAACGGACAUGGCCUCGACCGUAACUCCGAUGAAGCGUUCCGCGUUGGAAGCUGGCCUUGACGGUCCCCGAAGAGACGAUGAUUCGCCCAGUGUAGAGGGCAAGAUCGCUGCCCCCAAGAUCUCCAAAGCGCGCGCAUGUGCGGAAUGCAAAAGGCACAAGAUCAAAUGCGAAGUCAAACCCGGCGAAACGAGCUGCACGAAAUGCUUGCGCAGCGGAAUCAAGUGCAUUGUCAACGACUUCUCUCAGAAGUUCGUUGACGAUGACUUAGCAUGGAAAUCCCAGGCUGCAGCUACAAUGCACCAGCUGCAGGCCGCCGUAUCGCACCUUCUCCGCCACAAUGGACUGCCCGAUCUUUCAUCCUUUCCCACUGAAAGCAGCAGCAACAACAACAGUGGCCCGAGUCCGGUUGCAUCCCAUAGUCAUGGCCAUCGACCUUCUCAUGACGAGUCGCAAGCGGCGCAAAGUGGCACGGGGCCUGCGACAGCCAUCAUGACCCGGGAGAACUCUCAGGAGCCCAACAUCGAAGACCCGGAGCUGGUGUCGGCGCCGAUGCGCAGUCUCUACGAGGUGACCAAGCUGCGCAAUCUGCGAAAUAACCCGGUCGAAAAGCCCAAGUCGACCCUGCUGGAGGAGGACUUCAUCUCCCGGGGAUAUGUCUCGCUACAUGAGGCCGAGGAGCUGUUCGCAUACUUCAGUCGGACGAUGAACCAGUUGCUGUGGGGAGGCAUCGUGGUCCCCCACAGGGACUUGACGUCUGUCCGGCGAAAUUCGACCCUCCUCACCGCGGCGGUGUUGACGGUGGCUGCACUGCAUAUCCCCAAUCGCACCGAGACCCUGAAUACGUGCUACAAUGAAUUUGUCUCGCUGGUGUCGAGCAUGGCCUUGACGCGGUCUCACACGCUGGACGAUAUCCGGGCUCUCUGCGUGGGCGCAUUCUGGCUCUCUGAUCUGAGCUGGAAGCUGUCCGGGCAUGCGGUCCGCAUCGCCACGGAGAUGGGUCUGCACCAGAGCUUCCACAAGAUGACCCGAGGACACGCUGAUCAGUACGAGCGGGCGCAGCUCUGGUAUUUGCUCUAUGUGUGUGACCACCAUUUCAGCAUUGCCUAUGGACGACCACCUGUGAUCCACGAGGACGCUGCGAUCAAAAACUACGAAGUCUUUCUACAGUCGCGCUACGUGGUGCCGGGAGACAUUCGUCUCAUGGCGCAGGUGGCACUGUUUGUGAUCCUCACGGAAGCGUACCGCACUUUUGGAUCCGACACGGAGCAGGCAUUGACGGAGGAAGAUUUUGGCCAGCUGAGGGUUUACAACGUGGCUGUAGACCAGUGGCGUUUGCUUUGGCAGCCGCGAUCAGCCGACAGCCCGUAUGUUCGCACCUAUCCUUCCAAAGGGGUGGUCCUCCACUACCACUUCGCCAAGUUCCAGCUCAACUCGCUGGCGCUUCGCGCGCUGUCACCGACCAACCCGCCAGUCUUCUCUAUGGACCGGAAGGAGUGCGCCAACACCGCCAUCUCGGCGGCGAUGGCAUGUCUGAACAUGGUGCUCGAGGAGACGGACAUCCGGGACGCGAUCGUCGGCGUGCCCAUCUUCACGCACACCAUGGUCACCUUCUCCGCCGUGUUCCUGCUCAAGGUAGCCGUGAACUGGAACUCGGCGUACCUGAACAUCGACGGCCGCCAGGUCCGGCGCACGGUCGAGCGCGUCAUCGAGCUGCUCAACUGCGUCAGUGCCGGGGAGCGCCAUCUCACGCGGCACAUCGCGCGCGGGCUGGGCAAGAUGCUCGAGCGCUUCAACGCCUGGGAGGAGGGCUGGUACAACAACAAUGCUGCCGGCGGCGCCGGCGGCAGCGGGGGCAGCGGCAGCAAUAAUAACCUGGAGCCCGGUAGCCGGCGCUCGGUGCCGGGCGGAGCGAACGCCAUGGCCCAGGGCUUCCCUCCUCCAGAUUUGAUCUACGACAUGGUCGGGACGUACGGGUUCGGGCUGGACGAGCAUCUUAUGGAUCCGAGUAUGGCUGGUUUCGAGUAUUUGGGACAGUAG